ACCGAGCCGCCGUCCCCUUGUUGUAACCAUCGCCAAAACAGCAGUUGCGCCGGCUCACACCGGAAGCUCUUUCCUACGUCCUACCAAAACAAUCGCGUUGUCAAUACUCCCGUCGAUACACGCUCCAGAACUCAGCCUUCCGUGACGUCCUGAGUUCCUGUGUGGUGGCUUGUUAAUCACUUCGUGGAUUGGACGGCACCUGCUUCCUAGCUUCAUCGCCGCGUCGCAAUGGAGGAAAGUUCGGUCAGCUAUGGCACCCCGACAAAUGGCGCAUCACCCGGCGCCAACCCAAUUUUGGCGCAGCCGCCUCUCCCUGAUGUCAAUGAGCAGAACGAGGAUGUGCAGAUGAGCGAGGGACCCACGAUCAAGCAAGACAGCGCCACACCUGCGCCCGGUGCGACAUCAGAUAACCCCCACGACGCGCCCGAAGGCCCACCCCCCGAGACGACUGGCCAGGACGAAGAGAUGGAUGAUGCGCCGAAGAACGAGUCCGCGCAGGCCGAAGCGGCUGGUCAGACCAACGCUACCGGCGAGGCCAAAACCAAAGAGUUUAUCGAGAACGCCGCGAGGGAGCAUUUGAUUUCCCAGACCCAUGCCAUUGUGCUUCCCAGUUACAGCACCUGGUUUGACAUGAACACGAUCCACAACAUUGAGCGGAAAGCGCUGCCCGAGUUCUUCAACAACAGGAACCGGAGCAAGACUCCUGCCGUAUACAAAGACUACCGCGACUUCAUGAUCAACGCCUACCGGUUGAACCCUGUCGAAUAUCUCACUGUCACGGCCUGCCGUCGCAACCUGGCUGGCGAUGUCUGCGCCAUCAUGCGCGUGCAUGCUUUCCUCGAACAGUGGGGCCUUAUCAACUAUCAGGUCGAUGCUGACCAGCGGCCAUCCCACGUUGGCCCGCCCUUUACCGGCCACUUCAAGAUCAUCUGUGAUACCCCGCGUGGCCUGCAGCCCUGGCAGCCAGCAGCAGACCCUGUCAUCACCGAGGGCAAGCAAAACAAGGAUACCGAAGCCAAGGCUACGGCCACCCCGGCGCCCAAGACGGAGCUGAACUUGGAGGUUGGCCGCAAUAUUUACGAAGCCAAUGCCAAGCUCAACAAGCUCAACAAGGGUGACAACAAGACCAACGGUGAAACGCCGACAACUAACGGUGUGGCGGGCGCCGACGAACUGACUAAGGCUCCAAUCGUCAAGGUCAAUUGCUUCAAUUGUGGCACCGACUGCACGCGCAUCUAUUACCACAGCUCACAAUCCGACCCGAACAACAAGGCCAAGUACGACCUAUGCCCGAGCUGCUACAUUGAGGGGCGCCUGCCAGGCAACCAGACCAGCGCCCACUACACCCGCAUGGAGAAUCCUACAUACUCGUCUAUCCUCGAUAGGGACGCACCAUGGAGUGAUGCCGAGAUUCUCCGGCUCUUGGAAGCGCUCGAACGCUACGACGAGGACUGGGGUGAAAUUGCUGAGUAUGUGGGGACUCGGACCCGCGAGGAGUGCGUGCUGCAAUUCCUGCAGUUGGAUAUUGAGGACAAGUACCUCGAGUCGGAGAGGUUGGAUGCCCCGAUCGGCCUCCAGAUGCUGGGCAGCCACGGCGGCCAGCUCCCGUUCAGCCAGACCGACAACCCGGUCAUGUCAGUCGUCGGGUUCCUCGCCAGCCUUGCAGAUCCCGCCACCACGGCUGCUGCGGCCAACAAGUCGGCCGAGAUCCUCAAGCAGAACCUCCGGAACAAGCUCGACGGCGGGUCGACGCAACAAGCUGACGCCCAAGCCAAUGGCAAGGGCAAGGAGAAGGAGGGCGGCGACUCGAUGGACGUCGAUAUCCGGCACGAGGUGACUACUACCACCACGACCACGACCACGACGACAACGACCACCUCGGCCUUGGCGAGCAUCCCGCUGGCGGCCAUGGGGGCCCGGGCAAGCGGGCUUGUCUCCCACGAGGAGCGCGAGAUGACGCGGCUCGUGUCGGCGGCGGUGAACCUGACGCUCGAAAAGAUGGAGGUCAAGCUCAAGUACUUUUCCGAGAUGGAGGCGGUGCUGCAGGCGGAGCGGCGCGAGUUGGAGCGCGCGCGCCAGCAGCUGUUUCUGGACCGGCUCGCCUUCAAGCGCCGCGUGCGUGAGGUACAGGAGACGCUGCGCCAGGCCGCGGCCGUCGGCGGCGAGCAGGGCCUGCGCAUGGCCCAGGACAUUGUUGUCGACAGUGGCGGCGCCCAGCGUAUGGGCUUCCAUGCCCCGCCCGCGCCCGGUGCCGUGCAGCCGCUGAGUGCCGAGGGCCAGAUCAAGAGCUACGAGGCUUAGGAGGUCCUGUGGCCUCGGUCUGGUCGGCCGGAUGAGCCGCCUGUGUGGAGGCUGUGAGGUGCGGUGACCGUGCGGUGCUUGAGCUGGCUUUUUGCUUUGGGUUUGUUGCUGAUCUUUCCCUCGGGGUGGGCGUCAGGGGUUGGCUGGGAAGGGCUUGAUGGUAAUGCUUGGGCCGUGUGGGAAUAGGCGAGCUGCUCCGAUGCUGUAUUAAAAAAGAGGUAUUUUGUUUUUCUUUGGUGGUAUCCAACAUCAAGACCGGAGGGCGAGAUUUGGGUUCGCGACGAUAGGUUUCUGCUUUGUCGGGACGAAUUGAUAGGGUCCUGCGAGAGAUGAGUAAAACUUCAUUGAAUCCUUGAUCAUCCGGUGUCAUAUCUCGCCAUGUGGCCUUGUUCGAGUGCUGCUAAGUAUUCCCUUGAG